AUGGAUCUUGACGAGGCGUGGGGCGAAGACCACCUGCAGCUCGACAAGCCGCCGCCGGUCGAGCACAUCCAGAAGAAAAACGAGAUGAUUGCUCGCUGUCUGCCAGAAGACAUGCGCGAGGCCGUGACCAUGUCCUUGCUGAGUGAGAGGACGAGGCCGCCGCGAGAGACAUGGCAGCGUCUUGUGAGCACGAAGCAUCUCAGGAUCAACGAUGAGCUGCCAAGGCACAGGUAUCUUACUAGGUUUCGAAAGGUUGGCUCCAAGGACCCCCGAGAGAAUAAGAAUCGAGAAGUGUAA